ACUAACUAUGAACAGCCAACUAAAAAGCAACUACGAUAUGUUUGGGAAAACAAAAAAAGUUUUCAUGACAAAUUUACAUGGUUGAUAAAUAAUUAAUUAGAUGGUUACAAUGAAAAAGAGUAGAGGCCUGCUAUUUUUUGGUUUGUUUUUGAUUCUCUCCAACAGGAAAGCAUUUAUUUUCACUCUAAGAUGCUAAUAUUAUUAGAGUUAAUGUCUUAAAUGGCUCUAUGAAAUGUUGGCAGCUUGGCAGAAUUUUUUUCAGUUUUCUCAAAUUUGAGAAAUAUACUUCUUUGAAGUAUAGUUACUACUGUUGUCUACAGAAAUACUACUUAAAGUGUAUUUUAUACAUUUUAAAGUAAUUUACAUCUUUAAGGAUUUAAAACAUAAAAGCCAUUAGUUUAGAAGAAGCAAGUUUUUCUACAAAAUGAUACUACUUUUUAAGGAUUGUGGAGUUUUUUGUUUUGUUUUUAUUGUUUCCCAAAAGAUACAGUAUAUGGUAAAAGAUUAUUUCAGUACCAUUCUAAUUUGGAGGAUUUCUCUGCUUUGAUUCUACAUUUAAAAAAUAUAUUCAGAAAUAGAGUAAGGAGUUACUUAUGAAAAUAUAUUGUCACAAAAGGCUAUUGUAUCUAAUUUUGAAGGGAUUAUACUAUGCUCUAUUAUCUUGAUAUGCUUUCUAUUCCUACCCUCAGAACAGACAAAAAUAGUAGAGAGAAUGAUAAAAUAAGUAAAUUGUGAGGCAUUAGCCAUUUAAAUUAGACUGUUGAACUUCUGAAGAUGAUUAUACUUAGUGUAACUUUGUAUAAUGAAAGAACUGAAAUGGUAGUGGAUGUCUAAUAGGUAUUACUUUCUUAUUUUCUACUUUUGCAAAACUAUUUUAGUCUGUUCAGAGUUAAUAGAUUUCUGCAACUAAAUCACUAACAUAGCUAAUUGCAAGUCUUUACAACUAGAUUCCUGUAUGCUUAGAAAGGAAAACCAGAAUAUCUGUAACCAUUCCAAUAGUUGGUAUACAUCUCAUCUCUACAAGAACAUCUAUAAUUUUUUUUACAUUUUCAGUUUUUGAGAGAUAUGAUCCCACUUAAAAUGAUAUGUAGAUCUUUCAAAUUGUAUAUUUAGUUAAAUAUCAGUCCUUUCCCUUUCCUAUAGUAUAUAUCUGAUUGCACAUAUAUGAGCCAUUUUGCUGUUUAUGUGAUGAAGUAUAAUACUAGAAGUUGACAGAACCAAGAGAUUUUUUAAAAAGCCUGAUAGAUGUACAGAUUAUGCUCAUCAUCUUUUGAAACAUAAAAAAUUCAUACUCAAUUAGAAAGUCAUAACAUUAUAGUUUACAGAAGACCAUGAAGAGACUGUAACUUAAAGUAGAUAAAAAAAGAUUUGCUGAUUAAAAAUUGACACUAAAAGAUCAUAUUAAUGGAUUGUCUCAUAAAAAAGAUAUAUAGCUCAGUUUUCAGACUCAAGAGUGAUAUUUCUGAAACUGAAUCUGAAGACUUACAUUGGAAAUCUGGGUCUGAGAGCAGAAUUUUUUGUAAUAAACAUAAAAACAAACAGGGUUACAAGUUAAUUUCAGAAGAGGAAACCAAAAUAGAGAAAUGUUAGAGUAUCUGUAAUGGAUGUUAGAUAAAGAGAUUUUCUAAUCUAUGUUGAGAGAAAAGUACAUCAAAUGUUAGUUGAUGAGAUUAAAGGACAGGAUGUUUUCCUUUAAAGAAAACUUGAGGAAUUUAUUUUUAUGAGUAAAUUUGAGAGCUAAGAGAAAGCAAAUCAAAUAGAAUUAAAUUUCUUCUAGUAAUUUCUGUAGUAUUUGCCAAGAAAUUCAGAAUUAUCUAGACAAUGUGAGAUUAUUAACAGUUACUAAAAUGACUGUAAUUAAAGUACUGAGGGUUUAAUAACAAAGAUUUUUUUUUUCUGAGAGAAUUUUCAUUUUUCUAACCUCAGCACAUGGCAGAGAAAAGAGAGGGCUCAAAAUCUUUUAGUGACAACUAAGUUUUAAAGGAGUUUUGAUAAACAACUGAGGAAGACCCAGUUAGAAAUUAUCUCAAAAAAUUUAAUAUUUAAGCAGAUAAAAUGCUUCAAUGUCACCAGGAGUUGACCCUGAUAACAAAAUAAAAUAGAGCACUAAUUAUAGCAGGUUGUGCUUCAAAGUAUGUUUUUACAUGAAUUCUUAUUAUGAAAAUUGGGUUAGCAAAGGAAACAACAGAAAUUCUUAUCAAAAUUAUUGGGGAUCAAAAAAUUAGAAGAAGCAAAUUAAGAUAUAUAGUCUAUAAUGUAAAUUAAAUUCUUGAAAUUUACCAAAGCCUCUCAAUGAAAAAAAAAUCUGCUAUCUAGGAUAAUUUCUCUGCUCUAUUUAAAUGGUUUCUAAUUAUGAGGAUUUUGAGUUGGUGAUAUGAAUCUAAUAGUCUUAUGGUAUUAAUAAAGAGAGAUUAAAUUGGAAUUCUAUAUUAGCCCUGAUCAUGUAGUCCUAUAGUCAGUGCAGAAUAUACUCCUCCCAGCUGAGAUUGAUUCUUCUAUCAAUUGAAAAAUAGUUUUCUUAUAUUUUAUUCUGGAUGUUGGAGUUGACUCCCUAAGUGUAUUUUUAAAAACAUUUAUACUUAACAAAUAUCUUUAUAUUUAUGAAGUAUCUAAAGGUACUUGUCAAGGUGGAUUCAUAUGAGGCAUGUCAUUAACGACAACAACAACAAAAUCUGUGAGUAUAUGAAGCACAUCUUUUGUAAAGCCCCCAGAGACUAUAGCUGCCUUUGCAUUAGCAGCUGAUUAUUAUAAUUGUCAUAAUAUGGCAAGUAGAAACAAAUAAGGAAUUCAACUUUAGAAAUUAUGUGUUUUUAUAUAAUUUUCCUUCUUCCCCGUGUUAUUUCUUGAUUUGACUCUUCAAAGUAGUAUCAAAAUUCUGUGUUUUGUUUCUUUAACCAUAAAAUAGGGAGAUGUAAAUAUUUUAUUUUCAUAUAUUUUUUAAAAGAUUUAUUUAUUUUAUAGAUAAAGAGAACAUGAGUGGGAGAACCAGAGGGCGAGGGAGUGAGAAUCUCCAGCAUACUCCCUGCUCAGCUCGGAUCCCAACACUGGGGGUUGAUCCCACCACCCUGAGAUCAUGACCUGAGCUGAAACCAAGAGUUGGACACUUAACCAACUGUGUCACCCAGAUUAAAAGGUGUAAGGAGACUUCUGAACAUGGGGCAUAUUCAGAUCUGCUUCAGCGUCAGAAGGCAACAAUGAUUGAGAAUAGCAAACUUACGGGGAAAAUAAGUGAACUGGAGAAAAUGGUAGCAGAACUGAAGAAACAAAAGUCCCGCGUAGAGGAAGAACUUCCCAAGGUCAAGGAGGCUGCGGAAAAUGAAUUGAGAAAGCAACAGAGAAACGUAGAAGACAUUGCUCUGCAGAAAAUUAGGGCUGAGAGCGAAGCCAAGCAGUACCGCAGGGAGCUAGAAGCCAUCGUGAGGGAGAAGGAGGCUGCAGAACGGGAGCUGGAGCGGGUAAGAAAGCUCACGCUGGAGGCCGAGGCCAAAAGAGCAGCAGUAGAAGAAAACCUCCUGAGUUUCCAGAACCAGUUAGAGGAGAACACCUUUACAAGAAGAACCCUGGAAGAUCAUCUUAAAAGAAAAGAUUCCAGUCUCAAUGACUUGGAGCAACAAAAAAAUAAGUUAAUGGAGGAAUUAAAAAGAAAGAGAGACAACGAGGAGGAGCUCUUAAAGCUGAUAAAGCAUAUGGAAAAAGACCUGACAUUUCAAAAACAGAUAGCAGAGGACCGGUUGAAAGAAAAGCAGAAGAUUGAAUUGGAAGCAAGAAGAAGAAUAACGGACAUUCAGCUUUCAUGUAGAGAAAAGCCAUUGCCAGCCUGUGUGGUUGCACAGCCUACCUCAUACAGAGGAGUAGCAGGUCUUCAGGAAGAGCAGGACAGACAAAAGACAGAAGAACUCAAACAGCAGGUAGACGAGCUAACGGUCGCCAAUAGGAAGGCUGAGAAAGACAUGAGAGAACUGAAGUAUGAACUUAAUGCCCUUCAGCUUGAAAAAACCUCAUCUGAGGAAAAGGCUCGUUUGCUAAAAGAAAAACUAGAAGAAACAAAUAAUACACUGCGGUGCCUGAAGUUAGAGCUGGAAAGGAAGGAUCAGGUGGAGGAAGGGUAUUCCCAGCAGCUCAGAGAACUGGGGAGACAGCUGAACCAAACCACAGAUAAAGCUGAAGAAGUCAUGAAAGAAGCUAAUGACCUUAGGAAGAUAAAGCACAAUUAUGAAGUAGAAUUAGAAUCUCUUCAGCAGGAAAAAGGGAAACUGCAAAGAGAAGUCGACAGGAUCACUAAGACCCAUGCUAUAGCUGAGAGGAAUAUUCAGCACUUAAAUUCACAAGUUAAUUCUUUCCAGGCUGAGAAAGAAUCCUCUAAUGAAAGAAUACGGUUCUGCCAGAGAAAGUCAGAGCAUCUAAAAGAGCAAUUUGAGAAAAGUCAUGCACAGUUGCUUCAAAAUAUUAAAGCUGAGAAAGAAAAUAAUGAUAAAAUCCAGAAGCUUAAUGAAGAAUUGAAGAAAAGUAAUGACUGUGCAGAAAUGCUAAAACAAAAAGUAGAUGAGCUUACUAGGCAGAAUAAUGAAACCAAGUUAAUGAUGCAGAGAAUUCAGACAGAAUCGGCAAAUGUGGUUUUAGAGAAACAAGCUAUCCAACAAAGAUGUGAAGCCCUGAAAAUUCAGGCAGAUGGUUUUAAAGAUCAGCUACGCAACACAAAUGAACACUUGCAUAAACAGACAAAAACAGAACAGGAUUUCCAUAGAAAAAUUAAAUGCCUGGAGGAAGACCUGGCCAAAAGUCAAAAUUUAGUAAGUGAAUUUAAGCAAAAGUGUGACCAGCAGAACAUUAUCAUCCAGAACACUGAGAAAGAAGUUAGAAAUCUGAGCGCAGAGCUGAAUGCUUCCAAAGAGGAGAAGCGACUAGGGGAGCAGAGGGUACAGCUACAGCAAGCUCAGGUGCAAGAGUUAAAUAACAAGUUGAAAAAAGUACAAGAUGAACUGUACUUAAAGACCAUAGAGGAGCAGAUGACCCACAGAAAGAUGGUUCUGUUUCAGGAGGAAUCUGACAAGUUCAAACGCUCGGCAGAGGAGUUUCGUAAAAAGAUGGAAAAGUUAAUGGACUCUAAAGUUAUCACUGAAAAUGACAUUUCAGGCAUCAAGCUUGACUUCGUGUCUCUUCAGCGAGAAAACUGCAGAGCUCAAGAGAAUGCCAAGCUCUGUGAGACAAAUAUCCGAGAACUUGAAAGACAGCUUCAGCAAUACCGUGAGCAAAUGCAGCAAGGACAGAAUGUGGAAGCAAAUCAUUACCAGAAAUGUCGGAAACUUGAAGAUGAGCUGGUAGCCCAGAAACGUGAAGUUGAAUGCCUAAAGCAAAAGAUGGAUCAACAGAUAAAGGAACACGAACAUCAAUUAGUUUUGCUCCAGAGUGAAAUCCAAAAAAAGAACCCGACCAAAGACUGUACCUUCAAACCAGAGUUUGAGAUGGCAGUAAAUGAGUGUCCGCGCUCUGGAGACCUGCCCUCUAGGAACACAGGGCAGCUUCACCCAACGACCAGGUCUCCUCUGUUGAGGUGGAAUCAAGACCCACAGCAGUCAGAAGAAAAAUGGCAACAUCGGGUUGUUGAACAAAUACCAAAGGAAGUCCAGUUCUGGCCAUCAGGGGGUCCACCUGAGAAAGAGAAAAGCCAGCAAUGUUACUCUGAGUAUUAUUCUCAGACAAGCACCGAAUUACAGAUAACUUUCGAUGAGACAAACCCUAUUACAAAACUAUCCGAAAUUGAGAAGAUAAGAGAUCAGGCUCUGUACAAUUCCAGGCCUCUGGUUAGGUAUCAAGAUGACAAAUGUGAAAUGGACCUGGCGAAGCUUUUGGCCCCGUUGGAGAUAGCUAAGAACAAGCAGUAUGAUAUGCACACAGAAGUCACCACACUAAAACAAGAAAAGAACUCAAGUCCCAGUGCUGAAGAAUGGAUGCUUGAAGGGAGCAGAGCAUCCGGUGGACUCAAGAGAGAUUUUCUUAAGAAAGGCUCAGAACCAGAGAGCUUCCAGAACUUGGAUGGUGAUCACACAUGUUCAGUUAGGGAUGAUGAAUUUAAAUUCCAGGGGCUCCGGUGCACAGUGACUGGCAGGCAGUUGGUUGAAGCUAAACUUCUGGACAUGAAAACAGUUGAGCAGCUGCGACUUGGUCUCAAGACUAUUGAUGAAGUUCAGAAAACCCUGAGCAAGUUUUUGACGAAAGCCACCUCAAUUGCGGGACUGUAUCUAGAAUCCACAAAAGAAAAGAUUUCAUUUGCCUCAGCAGCCAAAAAAAUCAUAAUAGACAAAAUGAUAGCUUUAGCAUUUUUAGAAGCUCAGGCUGCAACAGGUUUCAUAAUCGAUCCCAUUUCAGGUCACACAUACUCUGUUGAAGAUGCAAUCCUUAAUGGAGUUAUUGACGCUGAAUUCAAGAUUAGGCUUCUUGAGGCAGAGAAGGCAGCCCUGGGAUACUCAUAUUCUUCUAAGACAUUGUCGGUAUUCCAGGCUAUGGAAAAUAGAAUGCUUGACAGACAGAGAGGUAAACAUAUGUUGGAGGCCCAGAUUGCCACCGGGGGAGUCAUUGACCCUGUGAGAGGCGUCCGCAUUCCUCCAGAGGUUGCUCUGCAACAAGGCUUGUUAAAUAAUGCCAUCCUACAAUUUUUACAUGAGCCAUCCAGCAACACAAGAGUUUUCCCUAAUCCCAAUAACAAGCAAGCUCUCUAUUACUCAGAAUUACUGCGAAUGUGUGUAUUUGAUGUAGACUGCCAGUGCUUUCUGUUUCCAUUUGGGGAGAGGAACAUUUCCAAUCUCAAUGUAGGAAAAACCCAUAGGAUUUCUGUAGUAGAUAUUAAAACAGGAGCAGAACUGACUGCAUAUGAGGCUUUCCAGAGAAACCUAAUUGAAAAAAGUACCUAUCUUGAGCUUUCAGGGCAACAGUAUCAGUGGAAGGAAGCCACGUUUUAUGAAUCCUAUGGGCAUCCUUCUCUUAUGCUGACUGAUACUAAAACAGGAUUACAGUUUAAUAUUAAUGAAGCUAUUGAGCAGGGAACACUUGACAAAGCUUGGGUCAGAAAGUAUCAGGAAGGACUCAUCACACUUACAGAACUUGCUGAUUCCUUGCUGAGCCGGCUGGUUCCCAAGAAGGAUUCACACAGUCCUAUUGCAGGGUACUGGCUGACCACUAGCGGGGAAAGGAUCUCUGUCUUGAAGGCCUCCCGCAGAAAUUUGGUUGACCGGAUUACUGCCCUCAGAUGCCUUGAAGCCCAAGUCAGUACAGGGGGGAUAAUUGAUCCUCUCACUGGCAAAAAGUAUCGAGUAGCAGAAGCUUUGCAUAGAGGUCUUGUUGAUGAGGGAUUUGCCCAGCAGCUUCGACAGUGUGAAUUAGUAAUCACAGGGAUUGGCCAUCCCGUCACUAACAAAGUCAUGUCAGUGGUGGAGGCUGUGAAUGCAAAUAUCAUAAGUAAGGAAAUGGGAAUCAGAUGUUUGGAAUUUCAGUACUUGACAGGGGGGUUGAUCGAGCCACAGAUUCAUUCCCGGUUGUCAAUAGAAGAGGCUCUCCAAGUAGGUAUUAUAGAUGUUUUCAUUGCUACAAAACUCAAAGAUCAAAAGUCCUAUGUCAGAAAUAUAAUGUGUCCUCAAACGAAAAGGAAGUUGACAUACAAAGAAGCUUUAGAAAAAGCUGAUUUUGACUUCCACACAGGACUUAAACUCUUAGAAGUAUCUGAACCUUUGAUGACAGGAAUUUCUAGCCUCUACUAUUCUUCCUAAUAGGACACGUUUAAAUAACCUUGCACAAAGGUGAUGCUAUCCACUUCAUAUGAUCUGUUGAGAGCAUGAUGGUAUCAAACACACAGUCUAGCAAUCGUGUCUCAUACUCUAAGCACCAUUUAUUUCUUGAGGGCUGAAUAUAGCUGACUGUUCAGAAGAGAGAAUAAUUUUUAAAAUUGGAAGUAAAAAAAUAUUUACUGUUAUUCAAAAUGGUUUCCUUUAGCUUUUAAGUUAAGCUUUUGUAUUUUUUUGAUCUUGCCUUCACUGUAAUAUGGAGUAAGCUUGAUGAACUCCAGCAAGUUCAUAGCAUCCUUUCUUCAGAAUUCUUCAUCACUGGAAGGAUCCAGCCGGACAUUAGGUUUCCCAGUUAUUAAACGAUCCAUUACGUUCCCUGAAAGAGCACUUCAAAAAGCACCAUGGAUUCAAAGAGAUAUAAAUUUGUUCCCACAUCCCUGAGGCUAUAGUGAAAAAAAAUUUUUUUCUGUACAUUGUAACCUUUACAUAUUAAAUGUUUACCACAAUUUCCCAUUUCCAGGUAGAGUCUGUAAUUAAAAGUAGCAUUACUGUGUGUUGGAAGAUGGGGAGAGAUUUUUCUUCAUUUUGUGUAUCUUUCAUAUGUGUGUACACAUUCACCGUUCUUUCAGAUUUCCAUUGUUUGAUACUUUUCUGUCUAGACAUUUGCGAUUGUAAUGCUAAUGCAAAGGCAGCACUUCAAAGGUCUUCUGGUGCUUCAUGAAUAAAAUUGAGUUUUUUUAUUUGUCAUAUUGAUAGACCAGCUGGGAGGUUGGACUGAUCAUUCCAGAGAGUCACAGCUUCCUUUGCUACCAUAAACAUUUUGGAACUACAUCUGCCAUGUGACUUGAAAAACAUGGUUAAGUAAAUGAAUAAAAUACUCAGUAACUGG